AUGUCAUUUAAGAGAAGGUUUCACGCCUCGUUCCUUGGCUUGACAAAUAGCGAUUCAAGUGUCCAAGUGUGCCCUAAUCUGAAUGAUAUCUACUCAUACUUCCAUGCCCUCUGUACCCCAUUCAUUGCGCACCAUAACAAACUCCGCUUCCAUUUCCGUAACUUCAAAUACUGCAAGACAGACAGAGUGGCCAAGAGUCGAAUUCAUGCGUUCACGUUUCCUUACACAAUGGGCUCAGCAUAUAACUUGAUCGAGCAAAUCGCCGUCGAACCGACUGUUGCGAGCUACAUUCAAGACGCAAAUUUCGAGCUUGACAGCCACAUAACACAGCGCCUAGCUCGCGAAUUUGCAACGGAUGAAAGUCGUGACGGGGAUGUGAUCAAACUCCUUGCCAAUUCUUCCUACCUGAGAGAAGCAGGCCUUGACUGGAAGCAAUACCACACCGUGAUCGAAGAGGAUCUCAACGCCGCUCGCUACUCCCAACAUGCUGCAGCAUUUGUCUUGACACUCCUGCCCAACCUCAAGACAUUCCGUCUACCCACAAACUGGGGGCCGGUCGACACAACUGACAGGCUUAUCGAUACUGUCGUUCAUAGAGCCAGACAGGCGCAUGUGCCUCACAAAAGACCCCCUAGCAUGGCCCAGGUCACCAGAUUCGAGUCAUCUUUCUUCCGGAGGUCCAAUAGAAGAUUUGAUCUGGAUUGGGUGACUCCUUUCCUGGCCCUGCCGCACGUCCAGUCUUUCUGCGGCCCCGAACAUGUCGAUGGCCAUGGGAACAUUGCAUCCAAAUAUUUGUAUGGUGGCUUUGGAAUAGCCCUUGAAACGGUUCAUCUCGAAGGCGCUUCUACAUUGCAAUAUUCACACAGAACCAAAAUAAAUGUUGACACCCAGGACUGGGAUAUCUGUCGAUUUGUUACAGCAAUUGCGUGUGAGGUUGGAAGCCACCUCACGGAGCUUUCUAUCUCCAUUGAUGAACUUCGCGGCUCAAUAAUCCCCGGCAAGCCAUCAAUGCAUGAUUUUCAGCAGUUACAGAAACUUGAACUCCCCCUUGAAAUUGCAAUGUGCGUUCUUACGGCCUCUGCAUCAGCAGACCAUGAAUUGGAUUUGGAUUGUUCCGAGUCACUACUUGGUGACAUUGUACCCGCUUCAGUAUCUCAGCUUUCCUUGAUCUCGCACGGAAAAGGCCAGCAUGGAAAGGCUCUUGACAUCAUGUUUCAUGAUUUUGCUAUAAAAAAGGCUUCCCAGGUGCCUGAUCUUAAGGAAAUCCAUCUGUCCUGCCCUAGCAAAGCAGACCACCUAUCUAAGGAGCAUUUUGCCAAGCUGGCCGUGGAGGCUGAGAAGGUGGGAGUGGCUUUGCAUAAUGUCACAGCUCGAUAA